CACCUUUCAUCACUUUGGUGGGUGAACCGUGCUCCUACCACCAUGGCUCCGAGGUUAGGACUUCUACUGGUGCCACGUGCGUUUGCAAUCAUCAUUCUUCUCUUCCACCAUUGCGGUCACGUGAAAUCUUCUUUCGCAUCUGACUUUCACCUCGAACCCUACAGCAGCUAUGACGACAUGAUGUACACGUCACCUUCCACUUUGGCCAGGUACAUGGCAGAGCAGGAAUAUCCCUCGGAAGAUUACAUGAUGGCAGCUGGAAGCUAUGGUUACCAUCCACUAAGUUCACCAAGUUCCUACCCCACAGAGGAGAUGUUCGAAAAGCACGUCCCUCUCGGCGACCGCGUUUCCAUGAGGUUCGAAGCUAUGGCACCAAGCAUGCCUCGAAGUAUACCUCGAAGUAUGCCUCGAAUGCCCUUGAAAGGUGAUUACUUUUUUGCUCACGAAGAUUCGAGUUCUUCAGAUGAGGAGUCUGGACCAAACGCAGCCCUUAGAGACAGUCCCGUUAGAGAACCCUCCGACAGCAGACCUCGUGCGAGGGAGGCAUACUAUGGGGUAGAUAGCCAAUUUGAACAGGCGUCUGGUGGCGACAAAAUGAUGGAAAGCCCGAGCAAAGGAGGUGACGAUGCUGAAGCAAGACAGCCGCCUUCUGAAGAGCUUCAGAAUGACCAAGAGGAGAAUCAUCCAGCAGAUUCGAAUGAUGCCGUGAGCAACGUGGGCUACUCGCCCAAAACCGGCCGACCAUUUAUAAAAGUAAUGGAUGAUGGACAUGCACGCGAAGAUUUUCCCGCAGAUGUCAUGACUCCUGAAGAAGGAGCCAAGAAGGAUGCGGAGCUAGAUAGUCCUUCUUAUGCAGCAGACUCCACGAGGGGGCAAAGACGUGCAAAAGGCGGUUAUGCAAACGACGUCUUCGACAUUCCAGACUUAGAGUCAGAAACAACGAACAGAGGACGACAGAGCCCGUUCAACGAAAUGGAUGUUGGAAUGCGAGGGCCCGAUACUUCACCACCGUCGACACCGCCUUCGGUCAGGCAUACCCCGCAAAGUGCGAUGAGCGAAGACCGUAGCGUAAACACUGCAAGAGAUUCGACCGACAGGAGACCAACUACGAAGCGACCAGCUCCGGCUUACACACCACCUCCUACGACAACUGUUGGUCUAGACCAGGACAGUACAAGACAGGUGUAUACUCAUAUUUACAACGAGGCUCGUCCCCCACCGCGUUAUGACCAGGAGGCCAGCACUCAGGCACCAACUGCUCAAGAAAGCACUGCGGAGGACAAGAUUAAUUUCUUGUUGAAGCAAAGGAAGCAAAGAAAAAUGGUACUGACUAGUAGUGGAAGCACACCUAGUGCCACAGUGAACCGGAACAGGGACUCGUCAAAGACGGCCGACCAAGCUUCGAAGGGAAAGCAGUUUGGCUACGGGUUUCCUCUAGGACAGGUGACGGCUGGCUCAAGCCCCCAGCCAGCCGCAACGAUGCUGCACGAUCAGAAGGCAGCAGCCACAGUUCAUGGUAGUGGUGGACAUUCUCGACCACGGACGCUGUUUCACGAACAGGGCUUCCAAGGGCCCUUUUCCUACCGGUUCGGUUUCGAUACGGCCGACCCCUACAACCCACAGACUCGCUACGAAGAGCGUGACGGCAAUGGUCACGUGAGGGGCUCUUACAGUUAUUUGGACCCCAAGGGCAAGCUUCAGGUUGUCCACUACGAAGCUGACCCUCACUCGGGUUUCCACGCCAAAGGAAGCUUCGGGGAGUUCCCAGUCAAGCAAAAGCAGUGAUACCUACGCCGCACUGCCUGGAAAUGUCCCUAUGGCGACCAGCACCUUGUGUUAUGCCACAUCGCGUCCCGUUUAGACUGUUCGUAGACUUUUCCACUGUCACCAAGAAGUAUGUACGUGGGGGCUGCCAUUUCUUGUUCAACCUGAGAAUCUUCGGGUGACACUUGAGUUACUCUUCGCGGACGAAAAUGGUUACUUGGGUUGAAUAAGCAAACACAGCCUUUAUGGGUCCAAGGUUACACGCCCUCCGUGAGGCUAUACGAGUGCCGCUCCACUGUAAAGACAGAACUUCACUGCCUAACAUGUGCAUGAAAUGAAACUUUUUCUCUUCAACUUGCUAGAAAGAACGGGUGUACCGCUUUCUGUGAUAAUUUAUCUGUGCGUACAGUGAGCACUCUGAAAAAGUCAGAUGUUGUAAUGUUAGAGUCCACUUGGAGCUCCAUUGUUUCCAGGUUACGAACGCCACAUGCUGA